UUUUUUUUGCAAAUUGGUAUAACCUGACAAGCAACUUGUCAGAACGUUUAUCCCGUUGACUAUAAAUAUUUUCAUAAUAAACUCAUUGUUUUUGAAAUUUGUUUUAUUUAAUUAAAGGAUAAAACUAUUAUGGUACUCGGUGAAGUUAAUACUUUAGUGCAAGAGCUUGAGAAAGCUGAACUGGAGGCUCCUGAUGGCCUUCCAUCUGCCCAAAUCUAUGCUCAAUUACUAGCUGUAUACCUUUACCAAAAUGAUUUGUGUAACGCGAAAUAUUUAUGGAAGAGAAUUCCACCAAACAUAAAAAGCCUCUGUCCUGAACUUCAGCAAAUUUGGAUGGUGGGACAGCGUAUGUGGCAACGAGAUUGGCGUGCUGUACAUGCAGCUUUAAAUAAUGAGUGGAGUGAUGAUGUAAACAGCAUCAUGCAUGCUCUUAAAGAAAAUGUCCGAGAAAGAGCAAUGAUUCUUAUUUCUGAAGCUUACUCCUCAGUAAAUUUGAGUGUUCUUGCUGCCAUGACUGGACUAUCAUUGGAACAAGCUCAAAUAUCUGCCGUAGAACGAGGUUGGACUGUAGAUGGUAACACUGUAAAACCUUGUAAAGUUGAUAAAGAACAACACACUGCACAAGCAACCCUUACAGAAGAUCAAUUGUAUAAACUUACUGAAUUUGUAUCUUUUUUGGAAAAUUAGGAUUACUUAGCACUAAUUAAUUGUUCUAGUGAUAAAAUGUAAAUUUACUUAACUACUUUACUAUGUUUUUAUAUGAAAUUUUGAGUAUAAGAUAACUGUGAAUAUAAAUUAUAUUUAA